GGAAUUCCUCGCUUGCUCUCUGCCCCCGGACGAAGUAGGGAGGACGCCUUCCGCUGGGAAGAAAGCACGGUUUUGCUUGCUGGCCAACAUGCUGUGUAGUGCCCGGCAGCAGCUGCGGAGGCGGCUUCUGCCCGCCCUCCUGGGGAGCAGGCGCUGUCCGCCAGGGCGAGGCGAGCCCUCGCCGUGCAGCCCCAACGCCCUCCUGCCUGUGGCCGCCUGUGCCUACGGCGUCGCCGCGGGGUCGGCCGGGGCCGGGGCCGGGGGCUGGCACGAGAGCCUGGCUUCGUCAGCCCCGGCACACUGGGCGGAGGGGGUGCUGUUGGGAACGCAGGACGCCACGGGGCUGCCGUGGUGGGCCAGCAUUAUCGUCACCACCACGGCCUUGAGGAGCGCUAUCACACUGCCCCUAGCAGCUUAUCAGCACUACAUCCUGGCCAAGGUGGAAAAUUUGCAACCAGAAAUAAAAAUAAUUGCCAAGAAUCUUAAUUGUGAUGUUGCACUUCGAGCAAAACAGUUGGGAUGGUCAAAAAGACAAACUAGGCUUGUUUACCUAAACAACAUGAGAAGGAUUGUUUCAGAGCUGUAUGUUCGGGAUAAUUGUCAUCCAUUCAAAGCCACUCUGCUGGUAUGGAUUCAAAUACCAAUGUGGGUCUUUAUGUCUGUUGCCCUACGGAACUUCAGUCUAGGGAUAUCGGAUUCAGAAGGAGACUUUUCUAUUCAGGAACAGUUUUCCACAGGUGGAGUCCUGUGGUUUCCUGACCUCACCGUGUUUGAUUCCACAUGGAUUCUACCAAUCUCACUUGGGAUCCUCAAUCUGUUAAUAGUGGAGAUUUUUGCAUCACAAAAGCUUAAAAAGUCCCGUUUUCAAAAGUAUGUCACGCAUUUUAUUCGUGGAGUUUCUGUGCUAAUGAUUCCCAUUGCUGCAUCUGUACCCUCAUCAUUAGCACUGUACUGGUUCUUCUCCAGCUUCUUGGGCCUCUUGCAGAACCUGCUGUUGCGCUCCCCAGGAUUUCGCCAGCUCUGCCGCAUACCGCAGACAAGAUCACAGUCAGACACUCCUUAUAAGGACCUCUUCGCUGCAUUUUAUGCCAAAUUCUUUUUAAGAAAAUGAUCUCUUCCACAGUGACUGGAAAUUUGACACUCGUGUCACUUAAAAAUGGAAGGUUAAGAUCUUGGAGACGGUUCUUCAUGUGACACCCUCUUAUGUGAUUUACAGUGCCGUUAGCUAGGGUUGAAAAUGCUGCUGCAAUAUAUGACAUUUGUGUUUUAGACAAGUGAAGAUCUAGCCAAGUAAGCUUUGGUGGUUGGAUUGUGGAAAGAAAAUUUGUUUUAUAUUUGAAGGAUGAGUGGGUGGAAUUUGCUGGGAUUUCAGGAAACAAUUAAAACCCUGAAUUGCAAAAGGGAAGUAUCAGUAAAUCCUACACAUCUAAAUGGAAGAACUGACUUCUAUGAAAGAAAAGCAUCUAUUGAAAUAGUAACUGGUGAUAUUGCAGAGAGACUAAUUUAGGGUGAAUAAAAUAGAUGUAAAAAUUGUAAGAAAGCA